AUGAAGGUGAUGACUUCACAUGCAUGUGAAUGUCAAGGACUAAAUGACAACCCUCCAGCCAAUGUAACGUGGAACAAAGAUGGCAAGCAGAUUGGUAAAACAAGGACAGAAAAAAAAAUAUUAACUUUGAUCAAAGUUGAUGAAAUAGAUAGUGCAACUUACAAGUGUAUGGCCGAAAGCUACCCCAAUGCAAUAAUGUACAGAGAUGAAAAAUCAAUCAGAGUAGACGUUAAAUGUAAGUAUGAUUGACACUCGAGUCAAAUUUUCCAAACCUAUUUAAAGAACGUUUGAAUUUAGAAUUUGAAAUUUAAACUACUGCCUUUAUAAUUAACCUUCCUCAAACCAAUUCAUGCGUGGAUUCAGUGUGACCCUCUAACAGGCUGUGCAAAAAUUAGAGACAAAUAGCUGAUAAUGCUUUGGAGUGAUGUUAAUAAAGUCUUUUUGUCCAUCAUUUGUCUGAUGGGUGAUGACGUCUGUCUGAUGGGUGACGAUUAUUUAGAACUGAGCCAUAAACUGGCUGAAGUUGCCGCGUAUUACCCUUAACACUGCCACGCAGUUUUGUAAGGUGAGAUGUUAAAAAUUCAUGUUUGUUUUAAAAGUUCAUUUCUUCACAGUUAAACCAAAAGACACAUCCAUUGAAUUCACACAAAACCCAGCUAUAUUUGGUAGAUCAGUUACCAUAAUGUGUAAAUCUCGUGGUUCAGUUCCUGAAGCAUUAAGUUAUGCCAUAUUCCAUAAUGAUACUCAGCUCAUUAACGAGAAGAUGUAUACUACUAUUGUCGCGUGGAGUGAUGCUGGAACAUAUAAAUGCUUUGGCGAGGACGAACAUGGAAAUUAUUCAGCUUCUGGCUUCUUAAAUGUGAAAGGUAAGAUAAGAUUUUAAAACAUAUUUUCCCCAUUCUAUCACCGGACGAAAACGCACGUGGGGAGGAACACACGGAAAGAGAAAACAAAUAGCAUGUAUACAGGGGGCGAGCAAUAACACGCAGAUAAAUUUUGGCUUGAAUUGGGGCAUAACUCUAUAUUACUAUGAUUUAGUUCCGGAUGCAGGGUAUCGAGAAUGAAGAUAUCACCUGCAGAUGUAAUUAUUUAUAUAGUAUAAUAUCAGCUAUUUAGCUAUAUAACAUAUAAUAACAUAACACUUGCAUGUACAACUUGAUACAAACACCAUGCAACAAGUCCAACAAUACAAAAUACAAGCAAUAAACUGUGACGGUAUGAUCCCAACUUAUUUUACACGUGAAACAAAAUUACAGCCGCCCUGAAGAAUACGAAAAAAUCAUUUAGAGAUUUUUUCACAAGUGUUGUCAAUUAUUCACCAUGCAUCAACGAAGUAUAGUCCCCGUUCAAGUCACUCAUUUCCUCCAGUGAGGACUAUACUUGUGAGAAUUUAUUGAUCUAUUUUAACAAAUUUAACAUUAUGACAAUGUGCAACACUCUCAUUAGCAUCUUGUCAAUUCCUUUGCACACAGUUGAAAAUUCUUAGCUUAUUUUCUAACUCGUCAAUUCUCCAAAUGUACCUUCAGGAGAGGCUACAGGUUCCAAAGUGGAUUGCGACAGUUGUGGAACUGUUGUAGUAUGGCAUAUUGUUGUGACGUUGGUGUCUGGAUUUAUUCUUGGAAUUCUCUUUUCCUACAUUGUCUGGUGUUCUCAUCGUCGUUGGUUGAGAAACAGAAAGCCUGAACGAAGCCCUGAACCAAAGAUAACUGAGGCUGUUACAACUUAUCAAGAGCUUGAUCUUACAAAAAUGAACAAAGAAGAUAAUUAUCAGUCGUUGAGAGUGAAUGCUGCAAGUCAUGACGCUGGAAAUCAAGCUGGAAAUGACAAUGACUCUACUUAUACAGAGUUGAGCAUAACCAUAGAUAUGGAGAACAAAUAUCAAUCUUUAACUUGA